GAUUUGCUGUAGGGCGAAGGGAGAAGGCCUGAGAAAAUGAGCGAAAGGUAAUAAUUUCUUCCAUCGCUUUGCCCAGCGCGUUCUCUUGUUUACGUUUUGCGGCGUCGGGCUACAGAAAUAGUUUUUGUAUUGCUAUUUACCUAUGUUUUGGGUGAAAUUAGCAUUUAAGGGCCAUUAUUUCGUAUUCGAUAGUGCUUGUAAAAUGUUAGAAUAGUGCAGGUACUACGGUGGAAGAACGAACUUGCCUGUGCCAGAGCGAAAUAGCGGACGGAACCAUGAGUUCGAUACAAGAGCGGCUUCAGAUGAAGCGGGUGCCGCUGGAUAAGUGGUCGACUAGGGAGAAACUCUGCCUCGCCUCGUCGGUUGCGUGUAGCGGCGACCAGAACUGGAUGUCGGUGAGCCGGUCGCUGAAGAUGCUGUGCGGUGCGAACCGACCGAACGAUUGGUUUGCGCAGAAGUCCUGUGCCGCCCAGUACGGCAAGCUGCUGGAGAAUGUCGAAACGCCGAAGCGAAAGAAACGGACCGCUUCCGAGCGGGACGGCGUUGCGGCGGUCGAAACGCCGGGCGAAUCCAUCCUCCGGAAGUUAACGCAGGAGCGCAUAAUCGAGCUGAAGAAAACGAUCCAGGAGGAAACGCAGCAGUACAUCAAGGUGAAGGAGGACAUCAUACUGAUACAGAGCGGUGUUACGGAUGAGAAAAAGUUGCGCGAAAUGUGGAAACAGAUCGAGCAGGAAAAGGCACAGAAGGAGAAGGAACAGAUACAGCACGCCCAAUGGCUGAAGGAGCGGGAGGAGAAGAAGCUCGAGCUCGAGCGUCAGUGGCGUCCGAUGUACCCGAACUCGCCGACAGCUACUAAAGCACCCACGCCACCGAUAAAAAUUAAGGACGAAACCGACGAGGACAGUCAAGGGUCAUGUAAGUCCGGCACUUCUCCUUUGCUAACAUCUCUGCUGAAAACAUCCGGCGAGGCAAGGGGUUCCGGUGUAUCGGCAAAUUCGCCAUCCACGGGACAACGGACGGUGGCAUCGCCAACCAUCACAAAUCUGCUUACAGGUGGUACGGGAAGCUCCGUCAAAGCGACUUCCUCAACGGCAGCCAGUGCUGCUGGAUCACUUAGCGGGAUUGAGCUGGAUGCGCAGCUUGGUGUUACCAUCAAGCAGGAAGCUAUCGCCGCAUCCACAAACAUGUUCGAUGGAAAAGAACCGCAGACGAUAAAAUUAGAAAAUAAGGAAGAUGGCAGCAAUAUGGAAGGUGCCACAGCAUCUAAAACGGACGAGUCAAGCGGCCCAAAGUCCGAAGCGCUCUUCACAGAGAUGGACAGCGAAGACAACGCAGAUCCCGCGAAGGAUCUGAUGGACGUGUUGGAAGAUCUGAUUCCGGACGAUUUGGAUGAGAUUUUAAAUGAAGAGAGUGGCAUGAUACUGGAGGACGUCGAUCUGAAGAAUGUAGUCGAUUCAAUCAUGGAGGAAGACAACUUGAAGGAUAAGGACAUCGGACUGAUGGCGGACACGGAAGACGUGUCGAUGGCGGAAAUGGUGGAGGAAAAUGUUGCUGAAACGGCUUCAAAAAACGAGGCACCCUCGGUGGAACGUCCUAAAUCUCCACCAACAAUCGCUUCAUCCGCCACUCCUGUGGUAGCAGUGCCAGUAGCAACAGCGGCAGCAGCAGCAGCGGCAGCAGCAGCAGCACCACCACCACCACCGCCAGUGCUGGAAACCAGUAAAAGUGAGCCAAAGGAGGAAGGCACGAAUGGGGAUGUGAAAGAUACAGUUUCGAGCGAAAAGUUAACUGUCGAUCAGCAGUCGACUGUUGCACAGCCCGCGAAUGAGCAAGUGAGUCAAGAGGCGAGCGACGCUAAGGUGGAAAUAAUUCCCAUCGAGGACAGCACCAGUAAUUCUCCCGCGACGAAUGAUCCAUCCAGUGACGACAACAAAGACACCGGCGAGGAGUCGAGCGGCCAAGAGCAGCCGGAAAGUGUGAUCGUCGUGUCAGAUUCUGCCAAGGAAGAGGAAGAGUUUGAGGAGCGAGACGGUAGGGUGAGCCCGAACAAUGGACCCACAGCGAUGGAGGAGGAUGAAGAUUCCGACGACAAACCGCUAGCAUCGCUGGAAGUUACGUCGGAAAGUGCGCCCGCGAGUCAUGAUAAAGUAUCUUCGAAAGAGGACACCGAACCGGUGGCUAGUAAACCGUUGCCAGCUGCGGCAGAGCCAGAAAAGCACACGCCGCUGGAAACGAAUGCUUUGCCGAAGGAUGUGAAAUCGGAAGCAGUGAAAGUUGAACCCAGCUCCCCAUGCACCGAUGAGGCGAAGGCAAAGAAGGAAGCGAUGGAAAAGCUUGCCGCCGAGUACGACUUUAAGGACGACGAGGAACCGAUCGUCCAGCUGUCGACCAGGAAGGCCAAAGAGGAGAAGCACGUAUCGGAGGAUGAGGUGUUUGUCGAUGCGCAGGAAACGAUCGAGGAACCGGAGGAGGUGAAAGAAGUGGAGCCUCCGGUGAAAAAACCACCCGCUGAUGAUCCCGUGCUGACGGUGACGGAUACCGAUGACGAUUCACUGAUCGAGAUGAAGAUCGGCAAGGCGAAGCGCGACUAUUCGCGGCGCCGGCUGGCCGACGAGGCACAGAAGCUGCGCGACGACCUGGCGGGUCAUUCGCGAAGCGAGGAAACAGAGGGCCGUUCGCUGCGGAAGCUGCGCGAUCGCGAUCGCUCGGAAAGCCCGUUCGUGGUGCAGGACGAUGAGCCGAACGAGAAAAUGAAACGAAGCUACUCGUCCACGCCGGUGAUGGACUCCAUACCGGGUUCGCCCGCCUCGAGCGAGGAUCGGGACUACCGGGUGUGGAAGAAGUCAAUACUGGCGGUUUACUCGAAGAUCGCGUCGUCGAAGAACGCGGCUGCGUUCCAGAAACCACUGCCAGAGGAUCAAACGGCUCACCUGAUCUAUCGGCCGAUGGAUUUGCCCCAGAUCAAGCGCAACAUCGAGAACGGGAACAUUCGGACGACGGCCGAGUUUCAGCGCGACUUACUGCUCAUGUGCACCAAUGCGAUCAUGCUGAAUCGGAAUGAUCUCUGUUCGCCGGCUGCGGCCAGCCUGCUGAUGCGGGAAAGCAAUUCCAUUAUCGAGACGGGGAUGGACCCGAAAGCAAUGAAGGACCGGGACAGCGACCGAAGCACGCACAAGCGUAGCUCGCGAAAAAACACGACGCGAAACUCGUCCGCCGGAAGAAGCUAAUCAAUGGGGGAAGCGGGAA